AUUACGUUUCCCUUAAAAACAUCCACCUUCUCUGCCCUACAUUUCUUCCAACUACGAUCUAUCCCUUCUCAAUGUCAACGAACGAAUUACGUUUGAAUUAAUUCUUUAAAAAUAUUCAUUCGUGCUGGUAACAUUUUGGUUAAGCAAUUAUUGGAUUUAUUUUAAGGGGAUGAUGUUCCACGUGUUGUCAUUUUGAAUCGCGAAACGAGGGAGAAGCUCGACUCACCAGGAAAAAUGGACGCGAUGAAACCUGGCUGGUUCAGUGAAAUCAACGAUCUAUGGCCAGGUGUCUCGUUGUCCCUCCAAGUUAACAGGAUACUUUAUCGUGAACGGUCGCAGUACCAGGACGUGAUGGUCCUCGACACGAAAUCACAUGGAAGGGCGUUAAUUUUAGAUGGUAUCAUACAAUCCACAGAGAGGGAUGAAUUUUCGUACCAGGAGAUGAUCGCUUUCUUACCACUGUGCAGCCAUCCAGACCCAAAAACAGUUUUAAUAGUUGGGGGUGGAGAUGGAGGGGUUGCUCGCGAAGCUGCAAAACAUCCUCAAGUAGAAAGGAUCGUUCAAGUAGAAAUUGACGAGAAGGUACUGGAAGUUUCAAAGUCUUACUUACCGACGAUGGGUGUAGGGUUGAUGCACCCUAAAGUCACCCUUAACGUGGGGGAUGGUUUCGAGUUUUUAAAGCAGCACAGGGGAGAGUUCGACGUUAUUAUCACGGACAGCAGUGAUCCUGUUGGUCCAGCAGAGUGUUUAUUCCAGGAAUCAUACUUUAGUUUAAUGAAGACUGCAUUGAAACCUGGUGGAAUCGUUUGCAGCCAAGCAGGAACCGCAUGGGCAAAUUUGGACCAUGUAACACAGACAUUACAGCACUGUAAAUCUGUGUUUCCGGUUGCAUCUUAUGGCAUUGUUUCCGUGCCAACUUAUCCAACAGGACAAAUCGGUUUCGUGUUGGGUGGAUUAUGCACAGAAACAAAUUUCAAGCAACCAAAGAUCAUUUUCAGUAACGAAGAAUUGGAUCAAAUGAACAUGAAAUAUUAUGAUGAUGAAGUGCAUAAGGCAGCCUUUGUUCUUCCAAGGUUCAUCGCAAAGGCAUUGAACGAAGCCGUAAAUAAACAAUAAAAUUAAGGAGACGCAAAUUUUGAGAGAAGAUGAACCAUAAAAAUUAACAAAGAGAGAAAUAAUUAAGACUUUUUAGUGUAUGACAAUCGCAUCAUUCUAUUUAACUACCUCGAAUCUCACGAAUUGUUAAAGUACUUCAUAUUAUUUAAAACAAUAUUUGUGUGAGAAAUAAUUGAAGAAAAAGUAGGUUUAAAGAAUAACAAUUUUCACGCAGAAACAGAAUUACACCAUGUCAAAUGAUGUAACAACGAAAUGUUAGAAAUUCUUUAUUACCUGAAUUGUAAUUAAGGCUAAUAAUUGUAUUCGUAAAUACUCAUAAUAAUAAUAAUAAUAUGAUAAUAAUAUAAUA